UUGUCAAACAACAAAUGCCGUGCUAGGGCGACGUUAGUUUAUUUAUUUAAUAAACAUUGAAAAACAACAAACAAUAUAAACAAACAUGAGAUGGAGCGAAAAAGAAACGUGUACUUUUGUCAAAUUGUACCUGGAGAAUGAAGCACUCUGGAAUCCUAGAGUUCCCGAGUACAAAUCCAAACCAGAUAGGCACAAAGCUUAUACUAAAAUUAUAGGUGAAUUCCGAGCUGCUACGGGCAUGCCUUUGACGGAACCUGAAGUGAGAACGAAGAUUAAGAACUUAAGGUCCACCUACAUCCAGGAGGUCAAUAAAAUACGUAAACGUUCUAGCCCGGACUCUGUUUUCAAGCCUUCGAUUAAAUGGUUCUAUGCUUGGCAUAAACGUUUUAGCAAGACGCUUAGAAGAGGUCUGGACGUUAUGGACGAUACGUUUUUUGAUCAUGAAGAACAAAUUGAUGAAUCAUAUCAAAAAAUAUGGGUUAGUCCAGACGAAGUCAAUGAUAACUCAAACUCGGACCCCUUCGAGUCCGAGCAAGAUAACUUCCUUCUAGUCCUCAAACCUGAGCCCGAGGAAGACAUAAAGCAAGAAGCGUCACAGAGCUCAUACAAACUAAAGAAGAAAAAAUUUAAACAUCGCCACAGUACCGACAACUCGGACAGAUCAUAUAGAAAUAGCAUAGACAAUGAGGCCAAAGAGGAUGAGUUUGAUAUUUAUGGGAAAUUCAUAGCGUCACAGUUGAGGAAAAUGAAUUUGCAGAAAGCGCUACGAUUGCAACUGGAGAUUCAGAGUUUAGUGAGCGAGGCUAGGAUUUCAGAUAUGGAACAUUGAAUUAAAUAGAAAUUUGUUUUUAUUAUUUAUUUAUUUUAAACUUUAUUGCACAUAAAAAGUGUACAACAGGCGGAAUUAAUGCCAUUAUCGGCAUUCUCUACCAGUCAACCAUAGGGGUAAACAGAAAAGCGGGUUUUUAGCAUGUUCACUGCGGGAAUGGAGUGUUAAGCUAACUAUUUUUGUUAUAUUUCUAUGCAUAGUCUGUCUAAGAUGACUCUGCACCGACUUUAACCUUUUCGCCGCCAUUGACUUGAUAUAAAGUCAGUACAUUUCGUGCCCUACACGCCAGAAUACGGAUUAUCUACGUGCAAUUUUUGACAUGGUGGCGAUGACGUGUCCGGGAAAAGGUUAAUACAACAAAGUGUACAUGUGUGAUUAAUUUGAUUAUAAACAUCAUUUUCUUAGAAAUUUUACAUUAAUAAUGAUAUUACAAAUGCCAUGCAGAGUUAACUUGAUCCGACUCUCAUUGUUUCCAAAGAAACGAUAAUAAUAGGUUACAUUGUUAGCAAUAAUCAGUCAAUAAAUAAAGAAGAAAUGUUAACCCUUUAUCAUUUUGUCAAUCAGUGAUCUUUAGAUAAAAUAAAGGUGUAUUUUUGUUUUUUGCAAACAUGUAAAAAAAUACUUCAAUGUAUGUCAAUUCAUAUUGAAUAAUUUUUAAUUUAUCAUAUUGAAUAAUGGAGAUAAAAAAAUUACAAAAUCUGACAUUACAUUUUGAGUUUCCUCUCCUUUCUCUUUCCUCAAAAGAGAGGUAGUUUUUGUAAAAGUAAUUUCUGAUAAUUUUCACAAAAGGACCAGUGUUCAAGUACAAGAAUAAAAUAGAACUCAAGAUAAUGGGGUUGGCUUGGCUUGGCCUGUCGAAGUAUUUGCAGAUGGCGCCAGCAGCGUAGGGUUUCACCUGUCAAUCCUAGGAAUAGUUUUUUUUUAUAGUCUGGAUAAUGGAUGCUAGCCCUUUAAGCCAAAUCUCAUAAAACAAAACAAGAGACAGGUGCUGGCGCGUUCUACAACCUUUGACAGUUGCCAACUCCAUUGAUUUGUGUAAAUUGUAUACUUACUGAUUUGUGUUGUGUUGUGAGGGGAAAUAAAUAUAAGAGAAAGUCAUGUAGCAA